AUGUUGUCCAUGCAAAAUACUCCCGCCUUCUAUCUUCCUUCCGCUGCAAAUCUCACCUCCCAUCGUGGCAUCCAACAACCCAAUGCGCCCACCACCAUUCCGACAACCACCGACCAUGCCAACACCACCCACUCCCUGACUUUGUCCGAAAUCCCCACCUUCCCGGACGAUGGCCCUGCGAUGGACGAUGCGCUCUCCCACCAUGAAAGCGUCAGCACCGACGGUGUCUCCAACGAUUCUCCCGAUUCCUGGGACGGAGAGGGUCAGUCCGAUCGCUCAACCUCAGCCGAUUAUGAGGUCAAGAUUCACGACGCUUCAUACCCUUUUGUCGACUCAAACUACUCCCAAAUGCCGGUCUCUUCCUCCUCUGCCGCAGCUGCCGCCGUCACCAUCCUGACUGCCGCCUCAAAGCCCUUCCGAAUUAAUUUCAUCGCUGCAAAUAAUCCUUCAGACACAGCCAUGGUCGACGACGAUGUGACCCCCAAGGUCGAGGAGAUUGAAGAGGUGGAGGGCCUGCAGAGCAUUAAACCGAUCGAGGUGGGGACUGGGAAUCCCACUCCCGCGGCUGCUCCCGUCAAUGUCCCACGGAAACGUGGCCGACCACGCAAACAUCCACUGCCAGUACCAGGAGGCCAGAUCAAAAUCACCAAGGGAAGAUCCAAGACAGGGUGUAUCACCUGUCGGCGAAGGAAGAAGAAGUGCGACGAGACAAAGCCAUCGUGUUUGAACUGUCAGAAGAAUGCUGUCGUCUGCGAGGGGUAUCCGCCAAAGGAGAUUUGGAAGAGCGGGAAGCAGAAGAUGGAGGAUGCUCGAAGCAAAGCAAUCCUUGCAGCAGUCCCGCGCUCCCUACCCUUACUGAUCGACGGCGUGGAAACCGAGAUCGAUCGGCGUUUCCUCGAUCAUUUUGUUCACGGCUUCAGUCGCGUCUUGACGCUGAUCAACGAUGAUACCAAUCCUUUCAAAGAAAUCCUUCUGCCUAUGGCCGCCCAACAUCGAGGAUUGAUGCACUCGCUUAUGUGUCUGUCAGGCUCACACUUGUCGGCUUUGGAUCCAGAGCCGAAGUUGAAGGAACGCAAGUUCUAUCACUUCCAUCAUGCUAUCCAGGACCUCAAAGAUAACAUCAUGUCGUCGAGCAUCAAAUCAUCAGGCGAUACGGAGGAGUCUGAACUCCUGGUGGAGGACCCCAUCAUCGCCUCAACCAUCGCGCUCAGCCUCAAUACGAUCUGUGAAGGAGAAACCAACGGCGAGUACCGACCCCACAUGGAUGCCGCCAGAUAUCUGCUCGUGACGCAACAGCCCCGGAACGAGAAGUUCCGGCAGUUCAUCGUCGAGUUCUUCCAGUACCAUGAUGUGUCCAAUUCCAUCACUUCGCUGGAUCGACGUCCCGCUCUCGGGCAGGGUGACCUGCGGCUGCCUGACUUUGUACCACAUGCGCAAGCCGGGAUGUUCCUGGGAGUCUUUGACGGCCUGUUCAACUACAUCUCCGACGUUACAAGACUGCGCGAUCGGAUCCGUCAGCGGUUCAACGAGGGCUACGAGCCCGCGGUCGAUUACCAGAUCCUCAGCGACGCCGUCUCUAUUGACUCUGCCAUUCGUGCAUGGGAAACUUCACACGCACCCGACACCCCGAACUGGUGUCUGGCUCAACUAUAUCGCCAGUCGACAUGGGUCUAUCUUUACCGCACCAUCCGUCCCUCCAAGCCGAGCGAGAAGAUUGCCCAAGUGGUGGACGAUGGCCUUGCGUACCUCGACCAACUACCGCAGGAUUCGGGAGCCUUUAGCAUCGUCCUCAUGCCUCUCUUCCUCCUCGGCUGCUCGGCCUUUCUUACCCGUCAGCGUGAGCGGAUCCAGAAGGGCUUUGAGGCGCUCAAGGCAUACUCCAACCUCCGCAAUAUCGAGCCUGCCUUCAAGGUUGUCCAACGGGUCUGGGAAGUCAUGGACACGAAGACCGAGGAGAGCUGGGACUGGGAGAAGAUCAUCAAGGACAUGAACAUGGACUUCCUCAUCACCUAG